CUCGUAUUCUGCCUCUGCUGAAGUAGACAGUUUUAUGAAUGCUAUAAAAACAACUUACCUAGCGGUCUGUUCCACGACAAAUCAGGUGCUGAUUAACUUUCACAACGUGAAUCACAAAAGCUGUUGCUAUUUAGGCUUUAGAAAUGGCUGAUGGAAAUGUUGAAAAACAAGGUUAUUUAGGAGACCUGAUGCAAAAACCAAUGGCUCAGCUGAAGGAAUUACUGGACAGACAAAACAAAAUCUUACAAAACAAGAAGUUAAUAUCAUCACUUCCUGACAAAGGUAAAAAGAUUUCAGACUUGGCUGACAGACUGAGGAGAGCAAUUAAAGAAAAAGAGAAAGUGGAUACCACAUCAGCGCUGUUUCAGAAGAUGCAGUUGGAAUCAGAUGACGAGGAUCAAGUGUCAUUUUACAGAAAAAUUAUAAAUAAAUCGGACAAGAGAAAGGAAGAAACAGAUGACAGGUUGGCACCAAAAGUAGAUGUACUUCAAAACUGUGAUAUAUCUAAAGACACUGGCAGUGUUUCUACGGGUAAUAUUUGUGACAAAAGCAGAGAGAAUAAAGAUACGAUGCAUGGCAGUCUAGACAGUGCCUCAGUUACUGACACUUCUAGGAGAAAUGCUGAGAAAAUGGAUGUCAUGAGAAAUGCUGAGAAAACGGAUCUAACAGGAGAUACUAAAACAGAAAAGGCUAUUAAAAGUAAAGGAAAAAGAUAUUCACCAGAGGAAGAGUCUGCAUUGUUUCCUCCCAAGGCUAAAUAUGAAUGUGCUAAAAUGCUGUCAGUGGAAGAUUCAUGCAAAUUGCAAGAAGAACAAAAUAAAAGAGUACAGGAAAUCCAGGUUCAGCAUAUAGCAGCAAGACUUGCACAAAGGUUGAACAUCAAAAUGGAACCUCAUCUCCCAGAGCGGUCUACUGUGGUAUAUGAUGACAGCAGAGACGCCAAAGUUCCCUCUAUAUCAGAUGACAGCGGGGAUGAACCAGAUUAUCCUGAUUAAUUGUCAGUGCAGCUAAACUAACUGCAGACAGCUUCACUCUUUACACAGUAAACUUUUUUAUCUGGAGAUGGGAAGCAGCAUAUAUCUUCACCAGUUUUUUCUAUGCCAGAUAUAGACAGUGGAAACAUAUUCAUUACAUAAUGCUCACAGGGAAUAAUUUAUUUUAAGGACUGAGAAGACUGUUUUCGUCAUUAAUAAAUCUCAUGGAUGAUA